UUUAUGCAAGUUGUAGGUUUGUGUGUUUGAUUUUUGAACUAAAGACAAGGGCGCUCUCUUCUUCUUCUCCUUCUCCUCUAAAGCUCUCUAUCCUUUCUGUCAGUUUGCUUUUUUGUUUGUUUGAGAGAGAAAAUGUGUCUUCCUUUCUGUUUGAGAGAAUUGGGAUAUAAGAGGAGGAGGAGAUAAAAUUAUAAAAGCAGCAAAACAAAAAACAGAGAGAGAGAGAGAGAGGGGGAAAGCAAUCAUGGGUAUGGAGGAGUUUGAAGGGUUGGAUUGUUGGCUCCUUUGACUUUGGCUGCAUAUUCUUCUGGCUCUGAAAACUAGAGGGUUGCAAUCUGAAAUGGAUUUUUCAGAGUCCACAAAAGUAGUGUACAAUAGGAUCCAGAAGCUAGAGCCUGAAAAUGUCUCUAAGAUAAUUGGCUAUCUUCUGUUGCAAGACAAUGGGGAGCGUGACAUGAUCCGGCUGGCUUUCAGCCCCGAUAAUUUGAUCCAGUCUUUGAUUAAUAAGGCGAAAACCGAGCUAUGCAAACAUGCAGUGUCGUCUCCAAUCUCACCUUCUCAGAUGAACCAAGUGGCUGUCUCGGACCUGCCUUUGCAAUUCACUCCCUACUCUCCGAGUUUAACAAGACCGAUUUCAUGUCCCACAACUCUUGGAGCGGCAAAUCCAUUCAGUAGGGAGGCCCAAGUGCCUGGUGAUCAGCAACCACUGCAAGCUGUAGACUUUAUUCCACCAGGGUACUCAGAUUCCGCUGCUGAAGAUUAUUGCCUCCAGAGUCAACAAAUGCAGUUUCUGCCAGACUUUUCAAGCAAUUUCUGCUAUCAUGAACCUGCAUUGGGUGUGAGGAGUCGAAGGUCUCCGAGCUUGCCUGAGUUUCCUCUUAAGGUUUGCCAUUACUUCAGUAAGGGCUUUUGCAAGCAUGGAAACAACUGCAGAUACUUCCAUGGCCACCCCAUGCCAGAGAGCUUUUCACAGUUUUUCUGCCCAAAUUCAAAUGUGCUUCAAAGCGAUGACCAUGUUGUCUCUCCUGGAUCCCUUGAGAAGCUAGAGUAUGAAAUAAUUGAGCUUCUGAAAUCUCGAAGAGGGUUUCCAAUAUCUAUUGCCUCUUUGCCAAUGAUGUAUUAUGAGAAAUAUGGGAGGACUCUUCAGGCCGAAGGGUACCUUACUGAGAGCCAGAGACAUGGUAAGGCUGGCUAUAGCCUCACAAAGCUUCUUGCUAGAUUGAAAAACAGCAUUCGUCUCAUUGAUCGGCCUCAUGGACAGCACUCGGUUAUAUUGGCUGAAGAUAUUCCAAAAUACUUGGAGUAUACUGGCGAGAAAACUGAACCUGGUGGAAUUAUUGCUGGUUCUCGACAGAUUUAUCUCACUUUUCCAGCUGAGAGUAAUUUCACUGAGCAAGAUGUUUCCAACUAUUUCAACAAAUAUGGGCCAGUUCAAGAUGUGCGCAUCCCAUGCCAGCAGAAGAGGAUGUUUGGGUUUGUCACCUUUCUUUAUGCAGACACGGUGAGACAUAUUUUGUCGAAAGGGAAUCCUCAUUUUGUAUGCGGGGCUCGAGUUCUGGUGAAACCUUACAGGGAGAAGUCUAGGCUUGUUGACAGGAAGUUUUCAGACAAGAUGCAGCAUUCUCCAUGCUACAAUUCACAUUACAUUGAUGCGGAUGCAGAGCUUCACUCAAUGCCAAGAGUUUGUGACAGUUCAAGAUUGCUAAGAAAGCAAUUCAUAGAAGAGCAUGAGCAGGCACUUGAGUGUGAGAGAAGACGUCGCUCGGAAAUGCACUUAGCAGCCAAGCCCUUGUCCCAUCAUCAUCAUCUCUAUUAUGGCUACUCCAUGGAUGAAUUCAAUCAUCCAGAAGAACAUGCUGAGUUCCCAUCUGCGAAGGAAUUUAACAUUUUGCUGGAUGCUUGGAAUAAUGGUUCCACCAGUGAGGACAAAAUUCGACACAUAAACACUAAUUACAUUGACCACCAGGAUAGCCAAGGUAUUAUCCUCCCAGAGAGCCCAUUCGCAUCUGCAAUAUCAACAGUUAUAUAAGGAUUCAAACAAACAGUAAUUAUAGAGGUAGAGGUACCGGCUUGCUAGACUAAGAGACUACUAAUUCAUGCUUUGGAUACAACAGGAAAGACCUUCAUAUUCUUCUAUUUCAUUUUCACUUUACCUCAAGUUCAUGGGUCUGUUCAUUUAAAUAGAGUUCGUUCAUACCAACUGAAGAAGAGAGAGAGAGAGAGAGACAGUAGAAGUACUUCCAUUCCCCCCUGAUAUGCGGAGGAGAAGAAUUCCAAGGAAGAAAGAUACAGAAAGCUAAUAUGUCACAGGUUUUAAGCCUCUUUUUUUUUUCCUCAUUACUUCUUUUAAUGUAAUCACAGAGGCUGCAAGUGAGGCUAGAGGCCCUAGAGAGCUUGUGGGUUCUUUACUGAAAUAUAAGUAGUUUGCUUUUAGUUGAAGAAGAAAGUAAGUGGUAGUGAAAAAUAUGCUGGAAGUGCAGAGUAAAGAAGAAUGGUGUAGUGUGAUAUCUGCAACACCAAGAAACAAAUUUCAAUAAAUAUGAAGUUAUACAAAGUUUCUAUUUACCGUAUUACAUAUUUAAAAUGCUUAUGCCAUGCAUUAUGUGAAUUACCUAUUCAAAAGAUGUUGGUUUUCUAAACCUUCUGAAAUAAAAGAUAGAGAAUAUCAUUUGGGCCACAA